AUGGGGGAAGAACAAACCCAACCCCUCCAAACCCACCUCUAUUACUGGGGAAACACACCAGAGCAGGACUACUACACCCAACAAAACAUCAAAUCCACCAAGUCCUUCUACACCUCACCUAGAGGCCUAACCCUCUUCACCAGAUCAUGGCUACCCCUCACCCUCACCCCUCCACGAGCCCUCAUCUUCAUGGUCCAUGGCUAUGGCAACAAUAUUAGCUGGACCUUUCAGGCCACCCCAAUCUUCCUUGCCCAACAUGGGUUUGCUUGUUUUGCCCUUGACCUUGAAGGCCAUGGCCAAUCUCAAGGUCUCAAGGCCUAUGUCCCCAAAGUUGACCUUGUUGUUGAAGAUUGUCUUUCAUUUUUCAAUUUAGUUCUUACCCAAAACCCCCAAUUCCAAAAUCUACCCAAGUUCUUGUUUGGAGAGUCAAUGGGUGGUGCAAUUUGCCUUUUAAUCCAUUUUAAGAACCCUAGUUUGUUCAAUGGUGCAAUUUUGAUCGCACCCAUGUGUAGAAUCUCUGAUAAAGUUAGACCCGGAUGGCCAAUUCCCGAAGUUCUUACCUUUCUUGCGAAAUUUGCUCCAACUUUGCCAAUUGUACCCACAGCUGAUCUGUUGGAUAAGUCUGUGAAAGUCCCAGAAAAGAAAAUUAUUGCAGGGAUGAAUCCGAUGAGAUAUAGGGGGAAACCAAGAUUAGGGACUGUGGUUGAACUUUUACGGGUUACUGAUUAUGUUAGUAGUCGAUUGUGUGAUGUGAGUCUUCCAUUUAUUGUGUUACAUGGAAGCGAUGAUGUUGUUACUGAUCCAGAAGUGAGCAGAGAAUUGUAUGAAUUGGCGAAGAGCGAGGACAAGAGUUUGAAGAUAUGCGACGGAAUGUUGCAUUCUUUGUUGUUUGGUGAGACUGAUGAGAAUGUUGAAAGUGUUCGCGGUCAUAUAUUGGCAUGGUUGAAUGAGAGAUGCUGA